AUGUCCGUUGAAGACUUGAAAGCCGUUGUCAGUAAAUUACAGGACAGAAUCCACCAGCUCGAGCAGAAGGCCGGCAUCAUUCCUGCCGUGCCAAAGUCUGUUAGAAUGGUGUUGAUUGGUCCUCCAGGUGCUGGUAAAGGUACCCAGGCACCAAACUUGAAGGAGAAGUUCUGUGCGUGCCACUUGGCUACCGGAGACAUGUUGAGAGCUCAGGUUACUGCUAAGACUGCAUUGGGUGUUGAGGCUAAGAAGAUUAUGGACCAGGGUGGAUUGGUUUCUGAUGAGAUUAUGGUCAACAUGAUUAAGUCCGAAUUGGAGAACAACUCCGAAUGUAAGAAUGGUUUUAUCUUGGAUGGUUUCCCAAGAACUAUUCCUCAGGCUGAGAAGUUGGACUCCAUGUUGGAGACCAGAAAGACUCCAUUGGAGAGUGCUGUUGAAUUGAAGAUCGACGACGAGUUGUUGGUUGCUAGAAUCACUGGAAGAUUGGUGCACCCAGCCUCGGGCAGAUCCUACCACAAGUUGUUUAACCCUCCAAAGAAGGACAUGAUUGACGAUGUUUCUGGUGAGCCAUUGGUUCAGAGAUCCGAUGACAACGAGGAUGCUUUGAAGAAGAGAUUGGUGACUUACCACAAGCAGACCGAGCCAAUUGUUGAGUACUACAAGAAGAACGGAAUCUGGAGCGGUAUUGACGCCUCGCAGAAGCCAACCAAGGUGUGGGACGACAUCUUGAAAUGUUUGGGUCAGAAGUAA